UUCGCUCAGUUUGUUUAUAUCUCGAGGAACACGAACCCGCACCGUUAUUGUCAUAACAAUUAUUAACGUUAAUUGUUCAUUAACAAUAACAAUCAUUAUUGUGAUUUUUUUUUUCAAACGCACAGCGGACGCGAGUGAUGCGCGAAAUGGAAUUGGAUAUUUAUAAUAUGCUGACGUCGCCAGAAGGCCUGCAGUAUUGGUUCACGGAGUUCGACGGAUGGGUAUGCAGGUUCAAUGCCAGCUUCAGCUUGUCAAGGUCGCUUCCAAAUCUUCAUGAAAACGCCAGCCACACCCAAAAAUGCCAAAACUGUGCCAAAGAACAGACAGAAAAUAAACAUGAAACACGGCCAAGUUCUGAAAACGGAAUCGUUGAAACACAGCCAAGUACAGAAAAUCAAACACUCCACGAAUUCAUUGUUAAUGGAUUGUUAAUUGCACAGAAAAAAGAUAAGAUACGAAAUAAUACUGACUUUUUGAAUAUUUUCAAGGGAAAUGAUGAUUUUACGCACUACGAUUAUGUAUUGCUGUCAACUGUGAAGGAAAAUGGAAGAAAACAUUAUUUUAAAUAUAUAUUACGGUCUAAGAUUUGAUUAAUUUGUUUUAUUGAAUAGAAUAGCAUUUAUUCGUAAGC